AUGUUCACGGCCUGGGCAUUUACCCAAGUUUGUCGGAUGAAGAAGUUCCCGACUAAAGUCUCCCGCCAAGUACAUUGGUGCGCGGAGCCUGACGAUUCUGAAGAUGAGGAGCUAACCGUGAGUACGGUCCAGGUAAGGACAUACCAGAAUCGUGCGCAUACCUCGCAGGAGAUACGGCAUACGCGAGAUGGUGAUAACGGCAAGUCGAUGAGCAUAGACGACCGACUGAAGGCGAGACAUAAGAUAGAAAUUGAACCAGCUAUCAUGCUUCCCUUGAUAUAUCUAAUAAUCGAUGAAGCCACAUGGUUGAAGGUAGGCAAACCAGAAUUAAAGGAGACCAAAUUGGAAGCAAUGGCGUACAACAAUAGUCCCAUUAGCUUUGAUGGUAAGUGUAAAAUGAAGGUAGAGUUUGAGGGACGUUCUGAAGAGAUGGUAGUCUAUGUUUUACACACAGCCAACCACCCAUUAUGUGGUAGGGACAUGAUAAGGAGAUUGCAAAUCAACUGUGGACCAUACGUCAAGAGCAUAGAUCCAAAGUUGUGUUAUACGAAAGAACAGUUGCGAGAAAAGAUAAAAAGCAUACUACUCGCAAACCAGGUGCUGUUUCAGAAAGGAUUGGGUAAAUGUACGACGGCUAGGGUAUCGCUUAAGCUGAAGGAAGGGUUUGAGAAGCCCAAAUUUUGCCGUGUACGACCAGUCCCGAUUGCCCUGAGACCAAAAGUAGAAGCGAAGCUCCAGGAACUGGUGGAGAACGGGACAUUGACGAGAGUCGAACAUUCAGAGUGGGCAACACCGUUAGUGGUGGUCCCAAAGCCGGGAGGUAAAAUACGACUGUGUAGAUAUCAAUCAGUACCCCUUACCGAAGCAGGAUGA